AGUCUGACAGCCCCGCGGUGCAUGCUGGGAUACAUCGCUAUGUUUACAGUGAGGCGUUGGAAAUUAUUUCAUCUGCAACAAUGUUUCACAUGUUCUUGUAACAUUUAACCUUCCGUUUUCUUGUCUGUUAGACUCGCAGUUAACGCCUCGAGCUCAUCAAGCAGAAAAUAAUAGAUAAUUUAUUGUGAUCGAUGAUCCGUCGGCGACCGCUGGCAGUCAGAAGACGUGAUUUUGCACAGUCACAGAGCAGUACGGCCAGCCAGGGGACGACCCCUGAUACACUUGUGAUAAUCGGACAGUUUCCAGUAAGACAACAUCAGGAGUGUCUUAUCCCAGAUCAAUGAAGAAGGCGACGGCGAAGCAUCUGAUCGAGCGAUACUUUCGCCAGCUGACAGACGGCUGUGGGAAUGAGGACUGCACCAACGAGUUCUGUGCCUCCUGCCAACGCUUCCGGCCCGUCGACAAGAACUCGGCGGCCGUCAAGGCUCUGGAGUUGUACAAGGUCAACGCUAAACUCUGCAGCCCGCAGAAGAAGGACCUGGACCCAGACGAGCACGAGAGCAGCACCAAUGGGUACCGACCGGAGUUCAACCGGAUGACGAGCUCAGACCUGUUCCCCACCAAGGAAGCCUUUUCAGACGUGUACUUCCUCACGGAGGACAGUGUGAGUGUGAUCCUGGGCUUCUGCGAGGAGGAAGGAGACUUCUCUGCCUUGAUACGCGUCAUUGGCCGGGUCUUCAGCAGCGCCGAGGCACUCACUCAGAGCUUCAGGAAAACCCCAACCUGCUCUGCUUCUUCCGGUGGUGCUAAUGGUGGGGCUGCGGUCGAUGCUGACACCGAGGGAGAGACGACAGCGCCCCCGGUGGACGACACCGGCGGGGCUGCUGCUGCUGCCGCAUCCCCUGCUUCCACCAAGGAAACCGCCUCCUCGCCUCUGGGCUCCAACGACGACGACCUGACGCUGGACGUGGAGGGCGUGCGGCGGGUGUACGACCGGCUCCAGGCCCACGAGCAGAUCGAGGCGUCGCUGGUCAACGCGCUCGUCUACCUGUGCCCCAACCUGGAGCUGGACCUGGAGUACCUGGACAUGUACCACACCAACCGGGACUACCUGAACAUCUUUGUGCUGGUGAUGGAGAACACCAACCUGCACAGCCCCGAGUACCUGGAGACGGCACUGCCGCUCUUCUGCAAGGCGGUGUGCAAGCUGCCCGUGGAGGCCCACGCCAGGCUCACCCGGGUGUGGUCGCGCUUGGGCGCCGCCCGCAUCCGCCGGCUGAUGGAGACCUUCCAGCAGCUCAUCACCUUCACCAUCAUCAGCAACGAGUACGACGCGGAGACGCUGGUGAACGACGACGAGACGGUGGUGGCGGCCACCAAGUGUCUGAAGCUGGUGUUCUACGCCAGCGUCCUGGGCGGGGACCUCGACGUGGGCCACAACGAGGACUCGGACGACUCGGACUCGGACGACGACGAGAUCACCCUGCAGGAGCUGCUGGGCGAGGAGCGGCUCUACCGGCGAGGCCCCCGGGUGGACCUGCUGGAGCGGGAGCUGGGUGCGCGGACGCUGGACGUGCGCCGGCCCGUGGUGCCCUUCGAGGACUUUGUCAACGAGUCGGUGAACGAGGUGGUGGAGAUGGACAAGGACUUCACCUUCUACAAGGUGGACGCCGACAGCAAGUUCUCCUUCCAGAGCUGCCCGUUCAUCCUCAACGCUGUCACCAAGAGCCAGGGGCUGUACUACGACAACAGGAUCCGCAUGUACAGCGAGCGCCGCAUCACCGCCCUCUACAGCAUGGCGCAGGGACAGCAGCCCAACCCCUACCUGAAGCUCAAAGUGCGCCGGGAACACAUCAUCGACGACGCCCUCGUGAGGUUGGAGAUGAUUUCUAUGGAGAACCCGUCGGACCUGAAGAAGCAGCUGUUUGUGGAGUUUGAGGGCGAGCAAGGAGUGGACGAAGGAGGCGUCUCCAAGGAGUUCUUUCAGUUGGUCUUGGAGGAAAUCUUCAACCCUGACAUCGGAAUGUUCACAUAUGACCAGGAGACACGGUCGUUUUGGUUUAAUUCGUCUUCAUUGGAGAACGAAGCCCAGUACAGCCUUAUUGGCAUCGUGCUGGGCCUCGCCAUCUACAACAACUGCAUCCUGGACGUCCAUUUCCCCAUGGUUGUCUACAGGAAGCUCAUGGGGAAGAAGGGUACCUUCCAAGACCUGGCAGAUUCCCACCCAGUCCUCUACCAGAGCCUGAAGCAACUACUGGAUUAUUCUGGAAAUGUGGAGGAGGACAUAGUGACCAGCUUCCAGAUCUCCGGAACCGACCUGUUUGGAAACCCGAUCACCCACGACCUGAAGGAGCAAGGCGAGGGUAUCCCAGUCACCAACCACAACAAACAGGAGUUUGUGGACAUGUACACUGAUUACAUCCUGAACAAGAGCGUGGAGAGACAAUUCAAGGCCUUUAAGAAAGGUUUCCUCAUGGUCACCAACGAAUCUCCACUCAAGUAUCUAUUCAGACCGGAGGAGGUGGAGCUGCUCAUCUGUGGAAGCAGGAAUCUGGACUUCAAAGCACUUGAAGAAACAACAGACUACGACGGCGGUUAUAGUAAAGACUGUCAAGUGGUAAAGGACUUCUGGGAGACAAUUCACUCUUUCGGAGAGGACCAGAAGAGGCAGUUCCUCCAGUUCACCACCGGGUCCGACCGAGCGCCAGUUGGUGGCCUCGGAAAAUUAAAAAUGAUAAUCGCCAAGAACGGCGCUGACACAGAUCGCCUGCCGACGUCGCACACCUGCUUCAAUGCGCUGCUGCUUCCGGAAUAUUCCUCCAAGGAAAAACUCAAAGAAAGACUUCUCAAAGCUAUCACUUACGCCAAAGGAUUUGGAAUGCUGUGAAAAUGGAUCGAUAAUGAAGUAAUAUAACAAAAAGAAACUCCUUCUCUUUUUUUAAACUUUUUUUUCAGUAACUUUUCUGCUUUUGAGGUGCCUCUGACGUUUCUCAGAGAUGCUUGGUGAUAAUGCUCUUGGAUAUUUCUCCAACCUACGGUAACGACCAUACAUGGAACGGUGACGGAACUGCAGCCACGACCUAUAUGGUCGGGCUCUUAACGGCACUGACCAUAUAGGGCGUGGCUACAGUUACACUGGUCGGGUGGACAGCUUUUAGGCCCCUGACCGUACACAUAGACACGCUCUGAACUGAACUGGCAUUAACGUUAACCUGCUGAAGAACCCCACUUCUCCCCAUGCUCCACUCCCGUUCACUCAAGUGUCUCAUCGCUGUGGAAUGUAAUGCGUUUUGUUUAAAUAUUUUCAGUAUUUAAGAGAUGAAAAUCCCAUACACUUUUGUUGUGUUUACUGUAGGUAGUAGCAUGUAUAGAACUUGAUAGUGAAACUGUGAAAGUGCACUUAUACACACAGUGUGCUCCAACUGUUUUUUUUUAUUGAAUUGAAGUGGGUUUGGUUUGGUUUGUUAUUUAAUAACUACACCAGCACUAUUUGCCAAAACACAAAACUGGCGAUCAUGGUGCUGAUUGUAAUCAAUGUGAAGAUUUUUUGAUUAUUGAGUUCUGAUGACGUUUUAAUUGUCUAUAUCCCCCUUGUUCCAUUCUCAAUUUGAAAACGUUAGAAUCUGAAGAAAGUAGUCGUGGAUGAGGGCGAAAAUCUAAAACGGAGCAAUUUUUUAACGCUUUCAAACAUAGUUUUUAAUCUAAUUCUUGAAGUGAAUGUGCUGUGUUGACAGCAUAAUACUAGUUCCCUCAGCCCCGGUCAGAGAGGGUCUGUUUGACUGUGAAUCAUUCUUAUGACAGACUCUUGAACAUGUCCCUGAAGCACAGCACUAGUGUACCAGCUAACAUGUAUUCACCUGUGAGUCGCUUUGGAGUAAACCUACCGCUAAACUUUUUACUGGGAAUUGACCAGUUUGGCAACAUUAUACUUCGAUUUCCGAAAUGAAAAGCUUGUUUUUUGGGGGGUUUGGGUCCCUCAUAUUGAUUUCCUGAAGGCAGUCAAGGAACUUACAGAUGGAUGGUGCUGAAAGUCGGGUUGCUUUUGGUGGUUCAAAACCCACAUGCCUACGUUUGACAGGAAUUUGGUUAGAUUUUGUCUAAACAGUCUCUCAGGUGAAAAACAAUUAUGCAACGCGAUUGUUAAUCUUGUGGUCACAAAGUAUUAUUAUAAAUACGAUACAAAUAAAAAAUCGUAUUGAGCGGUG